GGGAGGGUGUCCUUGAGAGCCACGACGGCGAAAAGGAGCACAAGCGUGCAUGUCGCCCGCUCGCUCCCCCGCGAAGCCACUUUGGCUGUCGGACGGCUCAGCGCUCCUCCCGCCCCCCCCCCGUGGCAUGCAGGACGGCUCGGCGCCGCACCCCGCGCCUGGGGCGGCCGGGGCGCUCCCGGCGGGCGCCGAGCCCUGCCGCGCGGGUCUCCUGCGCGGCCUGGAGGCGGCUGGCCUCUGGAGGGCAGCGGGCCGAGGCUGGAGGGAUCGGACGCAGCUUGCUGAGCUGCUCGCUGACGUGCAAGCGCAGCUGGGAUCAGAGGCCCCCGCCGUCCCGGGGCCGCCGCCGCUGCUGCUGGCGCGGCUCCUGGCAGCGGACCUCCCCGCGCUGCUGCUGGCGGCGCUGGGCGCCCUCGAGUUCGAGGAGAGGAAGGCCGCUGCGAGGCUCGCGGAGGACCUGCUGGCCGCCGGGCCGCAGCGCGGCCCGGCCGCGGGCCGCCAGGUGUGCCACUACCUGCGCGGCCGGCCCGAGGUGGCCGACCUGCUGCUGCGCGGCUGCCGCAGCGGCGAGCUGGCCUUCCUCUGCGGGGGGCUGCUGUGCGCGUGCGCGCGCGACGCGGCGGUGGCGGCGCUGCUCCUCGAGGAGGGCGUUCCGCUGAGGCUGGCGCGCACGGCGCGCGGGGCGAGCUGCUUCGAGGUGGCCACCACGGCCCUCGCCACGCUCCAGGAGGUGCUGGUGGGCGGCGCGCAGGCCUCUGUAGCGUAUUUGCUUGACAAGUUCCACGAAAUCUUCACCGUCUUCAACGACCUCUUACAGGCCGAGGACUACGCCCUGAAGAGGCAGGCCCUCUCGGUGCUGGGCCGGGUGCUGCUGAGCCCGGGGUUCGGCAGGGUCAUGUCGAGG